CUCUCUCUCUCUCUCUCUCUCUCUCUCCGUCAAACCCUCCGCCAUGGAUCCCUUCUCCGAUCCCUUCAUCAGCGGCGCCGGUGACUCCUCAUCGUCGGCCACCUCGUCGGCGGACCACGGCUGGCAGAAGGUCUCAUACGCGAAGCGCCAGCGUCGCCCGAACCCAGCCCCUGCCGCCGCCGAUCACCGACCCAAUGGAGUCUCUUCCAAUGUCUUCGCCUCCGUUGAGCGAUCCGCCUUUGAACGCCGUAAAGCAAUCGAGGCGGCUGCGGAGGAAUACGAUGCCGCACCAUCCAGAUCGCGCCCUGGACCCGUUGCUGCUGCUGUGGAUUCUGAUGAGGAUGAUGAUAGUGCUGGGGAGGGUGGGAAGGAGAAUAGAGCUGUGGAGGAUGAGAAGAAGAUCAAGCAGAAGAAGCCGAAGAAACCUAAGGUCUCUGUUGCGGAAGCCGCGUCCAAAAUCGAUGCUACGAAUCUUGCCGUAUUCCUUGCUGAUGUCUCGGCUUCGUAUGAAUCGCAGACGGAUAUCCAGCUGAUGAGAUUUGCUGAUUAUUUUGCGCGAGCAUUUGCAUCUGUGAGCGCAUCAAUGUUUCCCACCAAGAUGUUCAAGGAAUCACCUGUUUCGAAGAUCGAUAUUCCCCUGUCCCAUAUACCUGAUGCAGUUUAUAAAACCUCGGUGGAUUGGAUUGCUCAAAAGCCUGUUGAAGCUCUUGGUGGUUUUGUUUUGUGGUGCCUGGAUGUCAUCUAUGCUGAUCUGGCAAGUCAAUCAGUACCUGCUAAGGGCUCAAAAAAAUCUGCGGCACAGCUGCCUUCAAAGGCUCAGGUUGCAAUUUUUGCGGGACUUGCAAUGAUAAUAAGGAGGAAACCUGAUGUACUUGUGAGCAUUACUCCAAAAUUAAGAGAGAGCACAAAGUAUCAAGGACAAGACAUGGUUCCUAUCAUUAUAUGGAGCGUAGGUCAAGCUUCUCAGGGAGAUCUUGUUAUUGGAAUGUAUUUGUGUUCACAUUUUCUGCUUCCUUCAAUAUGUGGAAAGUCAAAUGUUAAUCCACAAUUUCGUGACUGGGUUUUGCAAUUGGUUGAGAGGAUCCUGUCUGGGCCAAAGGCUAGAUCUAUCUUACUGAAUGGUGCUGUGAGAAAGGGAGAGCGCCUGGUUCCACCUUCCGCGCUUGAUUUGCUGAUGCAAUCUGCAUUUCCUGCUCCUUCUGCAAGAGUCAAGGCUACUGAUAGGUUUACUGCUGUUUAUCCCACCCUUAAAGAGCUGGCUCUGGCUGGUUCUCCUGGAACUAAAACUACAAAACAAGCAUCACAGCAGCUUUUACCUUACACAAUUAAAGCGAUGCAGGGAGACAAUCCUGAAUUGACCAAAGAAGCAACUGAUGUCUUCUUAUGGUGUUUGGCUCAAAAUGCGGAAUGUUACAAGCAGUGGGAAAAACUAUAUUUGGAGAAUAUCAGUGAAAGUGUUGCUGUUCUGCGGAAACUUUCUGAUGAAUGGAAGGUGUACUCGGGGAAACUCUCUCCUUUGGAUCAUCUGAAGGAAACUCUUAAUCACUUGAGAGCCAAGAAUGAAGAGGCCCUAUCUGGUUCUUUAGAUGCCAGUAGCCAGGCAUCUGUCAAAGAGGCUGACAAGUACUGUAACAUGAUCCUGAGACGGUUAAAGCGCGGGUUUAGCUGUGGAAAGGGUGCGGUGCUUAUCUUAACGGUGGCAAUUGCGGCUGCCGCAUUUGUCAACUGGAAUGAACCUCCAGAGAUAUUAUCAAGCAUUCUAGAGAUGAACUCGAAGUUCUUCCAACCAUGAAUUACAAGAAAAACACAGUGAUUGCUUUCAGGGAAACAUGCGAAGUGCAUCCCUACAACAACAACAACAACAACAAUGAUGAUGAUGAUAGUUAGAAUCACUGUUUUUGGCACUGAAAUUAGUCAUCAGACUAGCCUGUGAGAAGUUUUAAAGCCACCAACUUUUACCAGCAACUCCUAUCAAGUUUUUCUCCCUUUUUAUUUUCUGCAACAAAAAUGGUUCUUAUUUUUUUGGGCUUUGUUUUUGAAGGUUAUUUAAAUUUCCUUUUAAUGAACAUCGAGUUGAAAUUGUGGCACAUCUACUGCUAAUGUUCGUUUGCUGUCGACCAUGUUAUGAUAAAUCAAACAAACAUGCAGUGUUAAAUCCCCAAA